CACCGUCGCGGCCUUCGACCGCCUCCAGAGGAAAAUUCUCAAUUAGGGUUCAUCCGGGCGGCUUCCUAGCCGUCCGUUUUGUAAUUUAAUCCAGCGGCUCACAUCGCGUUGAGCCAUGGCAUACUUCAAGUGCGCUCUCGCAACAAAACCCUAUUCCAUUUGCGCGCAGGGGGACGUCGUGCUGCUGCCAUCGAUCAUCUCGACACGGCAUCGCGCCCGGCUCCUGAGGUCCAGGCGUGAGUUCCCGGUGCUGCGGGGGCUGCGCAUUUGCGGGAUUUCGGGCAUGGACGCUGCUGGAUCUAGUGCAGUGGAGCCGAGCCAAGGAAAAUGGGGGAAGACGAUAACAAUCGAGCCGGAGGGCAAGCAUCUCGUCACGGUAGUUUGGCUGCAUGGUCUUGGCGAUACUGGCCACGGCUGGGCUUCCAUUCUGAAGACUCUUUCUCUAAACAAUAUCAGAUGGAUCGUCCCGACCGCGCCUGUCCGGCCCGUAACCAUUAAUAAUGGAUAUCCAUGCACCGCAUGGUUUGAUGUGGGAUCGCUCUCGGACGAAGGACCAGAUGAUAUUCUUGGCCUAGAUUCUUCUGCUGCAUAUGUUGCUAGCUUUCUUUCGAAGGAGCCUGCUGAUGUGAAGGUUGCGGUUGGCGGGUUUAGCAUGGGCGGCGCAACAUCUUUGUACACUGCUGCUCAUUCGGUUCUUGGGAAAUACACGGAUGGAAAGCCAUUUACUAGAAAGAUAGACGCAGUCAUGUCUCUCAGUGGAUGGCUUCCUGCUGGCAAGUUGUUGCCAAAGCAAGUUGCUGAAACUCCAGACUGCUUGAAAUUGGCCGCGGAGCUUCCAAUUUUCAUGGCUCAUGGGAAAAAUGACUUCAUCGUCUAUCACAACUUCGGCGAAAUGUCGGCGCGGGCACUGAAGGAGUGCGGGUUCAAGAACGUCACGUUUAAGUCUUACAGAGGGCUUGAUCACUCGACGACACCAGAGGAGCUAGACGACCUUUGCGAGUGGAUUAAACAAGAGCUCAGUGUCCCUGAAAAAGUAUAGCAACGGGACAUAGUUGUUGAGAGGUGGCCAUGACCAGUUUCGCAACUAACUCGCCUAUGGACGUGUUUCUGUAGUCGUGCGACGCGCGAUCGUGACUGCACGACCGUAAAAGAGAUGGCCACCAUUUUCUAUUAUCUGCUUGCCUUGUCUUGGAAUAUAUGUGCUUGAGUU